AUGAGCCUCACUGUCGAGACAGCCGAAAAUGCAGCGGCUGAUGGGCAUCCCGUGCCCUCCACUGGGGAUCAGACGUCAGCAGCAGCAGCAGCAGCAGCAGCAGCAGCAGCAGCAACAGCGGCAGCAGCAGCAGCAGAGCCAGAAACUAGCCGUGCAGCGACACCAGCACCUGCAGCAGGUUCUGCUGCUGCUGCUGCUCCUGCUGCAGAUUCCUCUGCUGCAGAUGCAACGGUAAAAUCCGUUACAGAUCUGCCCGCUGCAGCGCAGCAAAGCGCUGCAGCUGCAGCAGCAGCAGCAGCAGCAGCAAAGGCAGCAACUAAAAAUUCUACUGCAGAUCUCGCUGCCGCAGCAGCAGCAGCAGCAGACGCAGCAGCAGCAACAGGUGCAGCAGCAGCAGCAGCAAGGGACACAGUAUCAUCAAGGGACACACCAACAGCAACAGACGCAGCAACAGCAGCAGCAGCAACAGAUGCAGCAGCAGCUGCUGUAACAGGAGCAGCAGCAGCAGCAGCAGCAGGUGGGGCUGCUGCGAGCCGGUCUAAGUGUGUCGCUUCAACACCAGCGGCAUCAGCAGCAGCAGCAGCGGAGGCAGCAGCUGCGGCUUCUGCUGCAGCGGCAGCAGCAGUAGCAGCAGCAGCAGCUGCUGCUGCUGCUGCAGAAGAGAAUUAUUCACGCGGGGCAUCACGCGAGACAGACAUGGGUGCUGCCGAGUUAGAAGCUGCUGCUGCUGCUGCUGCUGAGGAAGCAGCAGCAG